ACGCAAUCACGACGAGUACGUUGCCAUCGUACUCGUAUCCGUCCUUUUAGUUUCUGUUUCUCGCAGCGGUAACAUAGGCGGUAAUCGCUGCGUGUCUUGUUUUCCAUGGCGACAAACGAAAAAGCUCUGAAAAGGGUCGAAAAUGUAGGCUUUAUAGGCGCGGGAAACAUGGCCCAAUGCAUCAUAAAAGGCAUCAGGAGCGCAGGUAUAGCGUCCAAGAACAUUUGGGUUAGUGCUCCAUCUAUGAAGAACCUGGAGACCCUAAAGGAGGAAGGAUACAACACGACGCAGCGAAAUGGAGAUGUGAUCAAGAAGUGCAGCAUAGUGUUCCUGUGCGUGAAGCCACACCUGAUGGACGUCGUGGGUGCCGAGGUACAGCCACAGCUGACAACCAACCACCUUGUCAUCAGCGUCGCAGCUGCUGUCAAGAUUUCUCACCUAGUCGCUGUGCUUCGCGUGCCAUGUCGAGUGGUGCGGUGCAUGCCCAAUACGUGUGUGACAGUGGGUGCAGGUGUGUGCGCCAUCAGCCGCGGUCCUGGUGUGGAUGCGGAUGAUAUUGCGCUAGUCACCAGUUUGCUGGGCAGCAUUGGUCUCUGCGAGGAGGUCUCAGAAAGCAUCAUGGAUGCUGUCUGUGGACUCAGCGGGUCAGGGCCGGCCUAUGUAUGCCUGGCAAUCCAGGGAAUGGCAGAUGGAGCAGUCAAGAUGGGUAUGCCAAGGCAGCUAGCGCUGAAGUUUGCUGCACAGACCAUCAUGGGUGCCGGCAAGAUGGCUCUGGACAGUGGCUACCACCCGGAGGAGCUCAAGGACAACGUCUGCUCGCCGGGGGGAACCACAGCCUACGGGCUGUCAGCCCUCGAGAGCCGCUGCGUGCGCGCUGCCUUCGCCGAGGCCGUCGAGGCCGCCACACGUCGUGCUCAGGAGCUGGGGCACAAGGUCGAAAGCAAGGGUACUGCCUCAAACUGACUCCAUUUUGGUUCGCUUUUGGAUGUGGCACACACAAGUUCCUCUUCAAGCAAGGCCAACACCACCGCAAAGAUUUCACUACCGUUACAGCCAGUAAUACCAAGCCCUCUCCUUUUGCAGUUGUGUAAAUACUGGCCAUAGCGCAAUGUACCUGCUGGACAUUUAACCUCCACCUUGAUACACUUUGAAACACUCACCGCCUGCACGCACCUCGUUGAACUGGAAAGUUCAAGGUACAAACUAACAAAAGCGUUUACUUCACAAUUGAGAUUACAGGGUCUGCACAGUGUUCAGUCCUUUUUUUAUGUAUUCGUUUCGAACUGUAUAGUGAAGAUGGUGAAUAAAGACGUGUAGAUUCAUUGA